AUGAGACGAGACCGUAUGAGACGGCACGGAUGACAUGGGACGCUCCAGGCUGCAGCAAUAUACUCUUGGAUAUUUUGGGAGGUACCCAUAGCCCAACGUGUUGUUUUUUACCAGCUUCCAAAUGAAACGGUAGAUUAGCGUAGUACCAUUUGGAACAAACUUUGAAUGAAAGAAAACAACAGCGAGUAUUGGGUUGUCAGUUCAUUAUGGAUUUGACUACAUUUCAUCCCGUUUUCCUUUUUCUGUUUCAAGCGGUGGUAGCCAACGUGGAGCCCCCGACCAACCUCACCUUGCACUGCCACAACAUGCACAACGUUCUGAAGUGGAGUUAUGACCAGAUCUUGCCAGGGCUUAGGUUCCGAGUCGAUAUUGCCGCAACGUCAGGUGAUCCUAGUUUUGUUUGGGUGGACCCGCCAGCGGAACUACAAGCCGACUUGUGGUUUCUCUCUGAUCCAACUAAUGCCUACUUUCUCACCGUAACUGCCGUAAUGGGACAGAAUGAAUCUGAUCCUACCCCUGGAAUCAUUUUCAGCUAUUUCAAGGACAGUCCAGAGGGUCAGAAAUGUUAUGUGGACUUCCCAUCAGUAAACGUCACUGCCCAACCGGAUUACACUGUCCUGCUCCGCUUCACGCAUCCCUGGCUGGUGUACCGGAGGAGAAGAAUGACCAAAUCUAGGUUUAAGAAAAGCCAUGAGCCACAGCUACCUCCGUUUGAUUACUAUGUCACGAUCACAAACCAGCAGCACUACAGGUGUGUGGAGAGUGUGUGUGAGGAGAAGCUUUCGGUGGAUUCUGCACAGAAGACACACUGUCUGAAGAUGAACGGAGAGCUGGAGAAAAUGUUAGUUCAAGAGACAAAGGAGUACUGCUUCGACGUGCCAACCGGAAAUCCCCCAAGCUCUCUCGUCCCCUUGUAUGUCGUGGGCAGCCUGGUGGCUGUGACUGCAGUUGCUUUUAUCAUCUUCAUGGUGUACCGAAAAAAGACCAAGCCUUUAACUUCUAUUCCAAACUCUAUGACCUUCAAGAGUAAAGUGAAGCAGUGGACAGUUGGACUGGUUCAAGAGACGGUCAAUGUGCCAGAAGUGGAGGCUACCUCACCGACACCUUUAAUGCUAACCGAAGAAAAAGAAUUCAUAGCUACUGUUACUCCCUCUACUGAGUCCGAACUGCGUCUGCCCAUCGGCGUGACGACAGAGGAUGAAAGUGUGUCUGAUGACGUGGAGGUAGGAAUUGAUGAAGGACCUGGGUACAUGGCAGGCAGUAAAUUGGAUGAAGAUGAAGCCCCCUCUGGUUAUGAGAGUCGUCCGGUGUUGGUUGAGUUGGCACCAGGGGAGCUGGCUGAGGGCUACCGGGGCUGAGGGUGGAACUUGUAUCUGAACGGUGACGCAAAUUGUGUGUUUGACAUUAGGAAAACAAAGGCACUCUCCUGGAAUCCUGCAACCGCUAGUCAUUAAAAUGGAAAACUAUGAAAAUCUAAAUCUCAACAGACUCAUGGUUGCAAAUUUCAGUUGGUUCGGGUUUGUCAUUUCCUUUUCUGGCGAUCUCAGUGCCAAGUGAAAAGAGAAUCAGGAAUGAGCCUCUUGUUAUUGCACCUUGACGUCAGUUACAUUUUUCUUUAUAUUUAGAUUCACAUGUCAAGCCUUUUGGGAAAAAUAUUCCUGCAAAGCAAUUGCAACUACUGAUUAUGUAACAGUACAUUACAUUCUAAAGUGACUUAAAGUACAUGCAUUCCCCCUUAACAGGAACAAGAACUUUAUAUCACAUCAAGACGUGAACAUGCUAAGUACCUGCAUGGAGUUAUUACUAUUGACUGUUUAACUUCACUUGUUACCUGUUAGCUUUAUCAUGUACAGAAACCUACGCAAUAGCUCAAAGAAACUUAACUGUGUUCUAUAUCCUGUAAUGUAAAUUGAAAUACUAACAUCACUGUUAUGUAAAAAUGAAUUGAUUAAUCAUACAUUUACAUCAAUUGGCAACAGUUGCUUGCCAGCAGGCAUCACUAUAUUUCAGCUGUUGAACUGAAUGGUCAUAAUAUUGUAUUCACUGUGGAAUAAUUAAAUAACGUUUUGCUUAUUUGCACGUUUUUCUACUUGCUUGUAGCACCUUUAAAGUCACAGAGAAAUAGAACGUAACUUUGGUAAUGGGACUUAAUUCUGUGUGAAAUGGAAUAUUUGGGCGUUAAGUUGAUAAAGUCCUUUUAGAGUCGAUUGGAUCCCUUUAAAAACCUGAGUGUGGCUUAGCAAAUACAGAACAACACAGAUCUGUAGAGAAAUGUUUGCCUCCUUCUUCCCCUCCCUCACUUGCCAGUAAAUCUUGAGGAGUAGAACGAUGGAGAAAUUAAUAGAUUAUUUAUUCACGAAAAGCCAAAAACGCACGCUCUCAUAUAAAAUCACUCAGCUGUCUGCUACAGCCCACGAGCCAACAGCCAAGUGGUUUUAAAGGAUGGUUGGAAGGUUGGCUGUGGCCCUGAAGUACAUUUUGUUUUUGAUAAAUGUAU